AUGGCGAAGACUCGCAAGAAGAAACAGAUGCACCACAUUCGUGAGCGCUCCGCCUGGACAGCAAGACCACAAUGCUGGCGUCAUAUUCGGGGUAUGGAGAAGAUUACGGAGCAAAAAGAUCGUUCGGAUGAUCAUUCAUGCAACGAUUCGAAAGACUCCACCAGGGCAGCAAUUGUAACUUCGGAAGAUUUGACUUCGGUUCCCACCGAGCCAGGUUUGGUCGACGAUGUAAAGCAUUCUUUGACGGACCACACCUUCUUUGUCGAUGGGUUCCAUGCGAGGGAUGUCCAGAAGGUUGGAGUGCAGGCAAUCACUAGACACCUUUUGGCGUCAGGGCUUGCGACAACCAAGCAACAACAGAACAAUCCCGACUUUGCUCCGGUCUCGAUAGUUGCCCCGGCCGACACCGACCCUGGUCCGGUUUUGAGAAGCGGCACAGGAAAGACCAAGCCUGCUCCGGCUUCGAGACUCAAUGCAGCGAACGGCUCGAAGGGCGCUGCCACGAAAGCGAACGCAAAGUCAGCCAGCAGAUACAGCCACGACAGCCGCACACAGAUUACUUUGCUGCAUUGGUUCCAACCAAGAGACCGGCGAGCAGCACACAUGACGGCAUACCGUCGAAGGUCCAGAAGUCUUCAGCUGCUGCGAAGGACGACCCUUGCUUUUGGGUCAGAAUAAAGGGCUACAUGAAGUCCAGCAUGAUGCCAGACAUUUCCCCCGGCACUACCUGUUCAGUCGAGAACACUAGAACGUCAAUCCGUGCUAGUAUCAAAUUCCGGUCUGGGAAAGUUAACAAGCAGAGUGGCACCUCGUCGGUUGUAGUCAUCGUCUCCAAGAGCGACUACAGCCUCGACACCAGCGGGAUGGUGUUACUCUUCUUUGAGCUUCAUACCGAUUGUUUGUCAGAAGGCACGCUAUACUGCAAGCAUAGAGUAGCAUUACUAAGGGC